GUGCCUGUUGGCUCUUCUGCUACAUUUACACUGAGAUGUUCAUGGUUGUUGUAGCUACCUCAACUGUCCAAUCACAGCGUGCUUGUAAGCAGCUCCUAAUAUCCAGUCCUGAUGUUGGAAGGGGGACUUGUCGGAAUACGGGUGUAAAAGCAAGCGAGCAGUCUAAAGUUCAGAGCGCGCACAGAGCACAUAUGAGGAGAGAGAGAGCGAGUGAGAACUUGAUAUUUAAACACAACAACAUGGCAGAGAGCAAGGUGAGUUGUCUAUUAUGUGUCUGUCAUUAUGUGGAUAACAAUUUACUUCUAUGUUAAGUUAAGUGUUUAUCUUCUAAAUGCCGAUUAUGUGCAUGUCUUUCAUAUUUUAUUAUUGAAGCUUAAAAUUGUUGUAUAUUGUUUUCAGUAUAUUUCUGCAGACAGUUCGAUUACUUUUUACAUUAGUGUUGUAAAUGGGCUUUGCGAUGAAGCCACUUUAUGUUUUGUAUUUGUUAUUUUUAAUAUAUGUAAUACUUUGUUCUUAUUGUAUUAUAUGUAUUGUUUAUGGGUUUAUGGUACGUUACUCUAGUCUGCUUUAAGUUUGUCAAAGUUGAGAUAAUAUUUGUGUUAUGCAUUUUUCAUUUCAUCCUUUGUAGAGACAUACUACAAUUCAGAGAGGUAAAGAAUUACCUCAACUGCAACUGUGCAAAACCUGUUGCAGCCUUUACCACUGCCCUUAUUGCAAUCUGUUUAAGCCAACCAGACUGGACAAAUUAAAAUGACAUCUCCAGAGCCAUUCCAGCAAGGCUAUGAAUAUCUUGAGUUGUUUGUUUAAUAUAUGUAUUGUAGCAUAAUACUUGACUAAUGUAAUGAUUUAUUUGUUUUAGACUUCACCAUACAUAGAUGUGGACUAGGCUGUAGACCAGCACUUCAUUAUCACUGUCCAUACUGUGCAACUACAGUUUUAAAGAGAAGGGAUUUUGAAAACCAUUUACAAAUUUGCAAACAUAAACUGGUUCCCACUUCAGACAAAACAGAAGUGAGAAAAAUCCCAAUACCAACCAAUGAAACGGUGACCACACCAGCAAUCUUACCAGCUACUAUUGUUUCUUCAGGCAGAGUUUGUGAAAAAAAAGACACCCUAUUUGCAACAUCCUUAUAAAUAAAAAAAACUUUAAAAAAACACAUUGAGCGGAAACACACAGAACAACCAAUGCAGGAUAUUAAUGCCACAUUCCAUCUUACAAGCCAGUGUGUUGACAAAACCAAUGGCAUAUUUACCGUUCUGAAAGUUACUAAAGGUCACGGUGUUCCUCUUCACAUUCAGAACAAAACAUGGGGAGAGGAACAUAAGGUCCUUUGUGAAUCAAAUGAGUGUCAAGUCAACAAGGAAGUUGCAUGGAGAAGUGGGCUGUUCUCGUACCAGUGCAAGCAUAUUUGAUCAGUAAGCUACUGCACAUCCUCUGCAGAACCAGUCUCUUUGAAAGAGGAGGUUUUAACAGAUUUGGUGAGAGCGAAGUGGUUCAGUGGUGAAAAGAAACAAAUACGUCUUACUCAGCAGCAGCUUGCUGACAGUCGCAAUACACCACUGUCUGUCCAAACUCACAAAAAAAUUCAUUUCAGUAUUUGAACCCAAUGUGUCCUAUUACAGCCGUUUGGGACGUGUCAUGGUUGUCUACGACACUAAAAUAAAUACAUGGCACUGCCCCUGUGCCAGAUCAAAACGUUCAUGUGUGCACAAAAAAGUGGCACCUAUUUCAAACAGAGUGUGAGCUAUUUUGGACAGUCUUCAGCACAGAAAAUUCACCAAACAAAAAGCCACAUCCCCAGUCAGAGGAGGAGGACUUCACAAAUGAGAGUCCUGUUUAUCCACCGAAAGGUUUGGGACUAAAGAAUAUGGUAUCUUACAUUCUUCAAAACAAAAAGAUACCCGCUCUCCUGCCAGAUGAUGUUCGUGUACCAUCACUGGAAAAAGAUUACCCAAGAAACCUCUGUCCAUAUGAAACAAUGUGCCAAAGAUGUCCAAGUGUUGUCCCCCUCAGUGAUCCUAUUUUAAUAACAAGGAGGGCUAAAAUACUUUCAAACUGGCGCAUAAUUGAAGAUGUUGCCACUUACAGUAAGCAGUGCCCACUGUGUGGUGUUUUAUCACUAUCAAGAAUGGAAAGACAGCUUGCAUAAUUGUAAUGACCACAUCAUACUUGACAUACCCUUAUGCCUGACAUUGAGAGACCUUCUCCAAACUUUAUAUGAGUUUAUGAUUUUAUAAAGAACAUUGUGCAUAUAGUAUGUGCAUAUAGUGUGUGUUAUUUUAAACACAUUUUGUUUAUUUCAGGUCCACACUGCUGUGAGCAAAGUAGUUGAUUUUUUGCAAGAUUUGACAGGUUUGAAGUUUCCACCAGCAGACACGGUACUACAUGCCUAUUUACACUUUGAGGUCCUUACAGAACAUGAGUACAAGUAUUCAUGUGCUACAUGUUGUGAUAAUGGAUCUACACAAAAAGGGUGUUUUCCAUAAGUGACAUAGAAGAACCUCCAGAGAGCUUUCAAGGGGAAGUGAAUCUGGAAACAUUCUGGGAGGCGUUGUCCAAAGAGAUGAUAUGUCAAGGAUUUGUUGCAAGUGGUGCACAUAAUCCAUUUGCAGUUCCACCUACGUAUCACUUCUGGGCUCCUUGGAUUGGCAAGAACACACGUCGUUCAAACACUGUGCUAAACACAGAGUUUGAAAGAUGUCAUGCUUCAAAAUCUUCAUCAGAGGUCUCAGAAAUUACCGUUACAGAGAAGAGGCUCAAGGAAGAACUUCACAAACAAAAGGUUAAUGUCAUUAGAAAAGCAUGCAAAGAAUGUGGUUUGGACUCCACUGUAUCUCACAAUGACCUCCUCCUCAGAUUGUAUAAUGAGAUGAAAUCUUUGAAAAAAUCUGGGGUGCCUCUGGAGGCUGGGGAGUGAUCAUGUGGAGUAGUUUACAGUCUAAAAUGCAAUCUUUGAGCUGAAUGCUCUCGAGACUUUGCUGACUUGCUGUUAUCAUGGAAACAUAUGCCAAAUGUCAUAAUUUAUGACUUUGCACGGGGUCUCGCUACACACAUUAAUCUAAGGGAACCAGAAAACGUUCUUGUUCAUCCAUAUGAAGGACGCAUAGCAGAACCCACUGAAGAGAACAUAGAACUGGCAAAAUCUGGGAAACUGAAAGUGUAUUUGCCUUGGCUGGAUGAACAAGAGUGACCAAUCCUUAUGGACACCCAGUGACAGGUUCUUCUGAUCAUUAUGUAUUGUCUGACCGUUUUCAUGAAGGCAAUACCAAAGACAGAUGUUCUGAGGAAGAUCGCUAUAGUGCCUCAACUAGCCGGCAAAAUAAAUAGCCAGGUUGCAGAACAACUGUUCUCAAAGAUGAGGAAAAACAACUAUUUUUUGAACAUGUCUCAGCCUUCUACUCAUUUGUUUCAAAUGAGGACCAUAAUUCACCACUACAAUGAAAAAAGGAACAAUAAAGUGAUGACUAAAUUAAGGAAGACUUUUGGAUCUAAGAUGGUGGCGAAUACGCAUGGACAAGCUGUGCUGGGUAAAGUAAAAUGAUCUUAUAUGAAAUGUUAAACAGUUUUUAAAAUUGGUGGAAAGACAUUGCCCACCAAGCAUACUGUGUGUGUCUGUCCUGUGUGUGUGUGUGCUAAAGGAACAUCUCCAGUGAGGAAACUACAGAAAUUGAGAUGGAAGACACAACCCUUACACCUAUGACACUCCCAACCAGUACAGAAAUUGAAAUGGUGUGUAUCAUCAAACACCUGUCUGCAAAUAGAGUGUGCUGGGAUUGUCUACCAAGUCAUAGGCAAUCAGCAAUGCUUGACAGACAACUCAGAUGAGACAGUUGCUGAAUUUGGUAACACUGUCCUGAAAAGGAAAGAUUUCUGGACUCUGGGUCUCAAUGAGCAGUUGGAAGCAACAAUUGCAAACAGCUCUCUUGAGGUGAUUGCAUUGGUGGCUAAGGAACAGGGAAUGGAUGUGUGGACAGCUAAUGCAUAUGCUGUGGUUAACUGGUUACCUCCAAAUAAUGUGGACCCAUCAUUGUCAUUUCCAGAUCUACAGGAUGGCAUUGCAUUCAAAGAUUCAAUUGUCUUUCCUGCUUGGAAGCCAGGACACUGGAUGUUGUGUGAUGUCCUCCAGCAGAUUGGCAGUCUUCAUGUUGAUGAACCCUUAGUAUUGUAUUCUCUGUACACACAUGACUGUGUGGCAACACAUAGCUCCAAUGCCAUCAUUAAGUUUGCUGAUGACACGACGGUGGUAGGUCUGAUCACUGACAAUGAUGAAACAGCCUACAGAGAGGAGGUGCACACUCUGACACACUGGUGUCAGGAGCACAACCUCUCCCUCAACAUCAGUAAGACAAAGGAGCUUGUGGUGGACUUCAGAAGAAAAGACAGAGAACACAGUCCCAUCACCAUCAAUGGAGCACCUGUGGAGAGAGUCCGCAGCUUCAAGUUCCUGGGUGUCCACAUCACUGAGGAACUCACAUGGUCCGUCCACACUGAAGUCGUUGUGAAGAAGGCUCAUCAGCGCCUCUUCUUCCUGAGACGGCUGAGGAAGUUUGGAAUGAACCGCCACAUCCUCACACGGUUCUACAUCUGCACUGUAGAGAGCAUCCUGACUGGCUGUAUCUCCGCCUGGUACGGCAAUAGCACCGCCCACAACCGCAAAGCACUGCAAAGGGUGGUGCGAACUGCCAAACACAUCAUCGGAGGUGAGCUUCCCUCCCUACAGGAAAUAUAUACAAGGCGGUGUGUGAAAAAAGCUCGGAGGAUCAUCAGAGACUCCAGCCACCCGAGCCAUGGACUGUUCUCACUGCUACCAUCAGGUAGGCGGUAUCGCAGCAUCAGGACCCGCACCAGCCGACUCCAUGAUAACUUCUUCCCCCAAGCAAUCAGACUUUUGAACUCUUGAUCUCUCAUGAUCAAUAUACAUCAGCACUGCACUUUAUUACCCUUACUCUUAUAUCUCACACCGGACUGUCAUAAAUUAUAUUAUUAUUAUAUUAUGUCUCUCUUAACAACUUACUAUCAACCGACAGCCUGA